AUGAAUUCGACGGAUUCAAUGAAAACCCUUUUGGCUGCGAGCUGCGGCGACACCAUCAAGUUAUUCGACGUCGACGUCUCCUUGGACCCCCGAGAUCCCUGUGUUCUCAGCUAUACUCCUUCUCCUGGUUCUAAAGUCCACUCUGUCAAGUGGAACCAUACCAAUUUGGUAGUGGCUAGUGCUGGGCAGGAUCGGAAAAUAUCUCUGUGGGGGAAAAACGGGCAAAGCUUGGGGACUAUUCCUGCGGCAGGGAGUGGUAAUGGUGACGAUAUUGAGGAAAUAUAUUCAAUCAAUUUUAGCAACAAAGCUUCCAAAUAUAUUUGUUCAGGGGGGGAUGGUCAAGUUGUAAGGAUAUGGGAUUUGCAGCGCAAACGAUGUAUUAAAUGGCUCAAAGGCCAUACUGAUACUAUAACUAGUGUAGUUUACAAUUGUAAAGACGAGCAUCUAGCAUCAAUCAGUCUUAAUGGGGAUCUUAUGCUGCACAAUCUUGCCUCUGGUGCAAAGGCUGCUGAACUAAAGGAUCCAAAUAAACAGGUUCUGAGAGUGCUUGAUUAUUCUAGGAUAAGCAGGCACCUUUUGGUGACAGCAGGCGAUGAUGGAUCCGUACACUUAUGGGAUACGACUGGUCGAAAUCCAAAGAUGUCCUGGUUGAAGCAACAUUCUGCCCCAACCUCUGGUGUUGGUUUUUCACCAUCAAACGACAAGGUAAUUGCCACUGUUGGUAUGGACAAAAAAUUAUAUGUAUUUGACACCGGUUCCAGAAGGCCCUCAUGUUGCAUUCCUUAUGAAGCGCCUUUUUCCUCAAUUUCAUUCACGGAUGAUGGAUCAAAAUUAGCAGCUGGAACGAGCAAUGGCUAUGUGGUGUUCUAUGAUGUUCGUGGAAAACCUCAGCCCUUGACAGUUCUCCGCGCUUCUGGGGAGGCUGUCACCAACCUAUGCUGGCAAAGAUCAAAACCUGUAAUCGUUAACGAGAAGAGUUCAACUCCUGAAACUGUACUUCUGGGUGGUGCUCUGGAGGACUCGGUUCUUAUGCCUGACCCCCUCCGUUCUGCACCAACUAGUGCUUCAGUAUCAACAACGGGUUCAUUGCCCCGAAGUUCUGGUCGGUUGGGUUCUUCAACCGACUCAUUUUCAAUUCUGGGAGGCAGUGGUGUCUCUACAUCCAGCACCCCGGGUUUAUCAGAGGAGGAAACUCCUGUCAGAAGUGGAUUAUGGACAGGAGGAGCUUUGGCUAGAUUGCAUGCACCUCGUGGUAAUAAUAUUAAGGAUGAUAUGGAGGUGUUUUCUCCGAUAGUUGACGUUCAGCCCAUUACUCCAUCACUUGAUAAGUUCUGGGAUCAUGAUAAGAAACUUCCAUUCCCUUCUUCUAGGAGGUUUCCUCUCUCAGAGGAUGGGGGCAGUGACAUACAAUCAAUUUUUGACUGGAAAUCUUCUUCAACAUCGAAACAGGAUGAUACGCUUUCAUCCUUUCUGUCGACCCCUACUGGAACUUCUAGAGGUACUGAUGCUUCCUCAAUAACUCCCCCGGAAGCUUGGGGUGGUGAGAAACUAACCGAAAAAUUAACUCUCCGGCACUCAGUCAACCUACCUUCCCGUUUUGCUAGUUACACAUCGGGAUCAAUGUUUUCGGGAUUACAAGAUAGUCAGAGUUUGGGCUCCCUAACAAGUUCAAGCCUAAGCUUAGCAAAUUUAUGCGUCAGAGAAACAUCUAAUAUUGAAGCUUCUGUUGGAUCUUCGGAGCUUUCGUCCUUUAGUUCUUCUCUUUCGGUUACUACAAAAAGCAGUUCAGGUCAAACGAAUCUUGAUUCUCUUGGUACUGCAUUGUCCCAUCCGCGGAGGUUUUCCAGCUAUGCUGAAAGGAUAAGCACCACUCCGUCAUUUGCCGAUGGAACAUCCUUUUCAGUAGGAUCUCCAAAGAUAAAGAAAACAGGAGCUGAGACAAGGGAAGAGCUUUUGAAUAGUUAUUUAUCAAGGACGGACCGAUUACCUACUACAGAUUCUGGCACUCUCCCAUCCAUGAAUGGUGGGGUUAUACAAUCGCAGAGACCUUCAGGACAACCUGACAUGCAGCAGGGAAGUUCCUUCACCCUCCAGCUUUUCCAACGUACCCUUGAGGAGACUCUUUCCUCAUUUCAGAAAUCCAUUCAUGAAGACAUGAGGAAUCUUCACAUUGAAAUUUUAAGACAGUUUCAUUUGCAAGAGAUGGAAAUGUCAAGCGCAAUGAAGGUAGUCCUGGAAAACCAGAGUGAACUCAUGAAAGAAGUCCAAUCACUAAGAAAGGAAACUCAGCAACUUCGGCAAUUAUUAUGA